AUGUCGGUCAAUGGAGAAACCAGUAGCAUCACUGGCUUUGAUGCCAGUGAUCACCAGCCAGCCUUUAUAUUUACUCCCUCUGCGAUUGAAGGCGCGCCUGAACGACCGGCAAAGCGAAGGAGGGUAGGCAGAACUUCCGCUCCAGAUCCGACAAAACAUGCGCAAGCCUUCAGAUUUGAGCGACUCUUGAACGGUCUCGAAGAUACUGAAUGUGUUGGCCUACGAGAGGAGCUGUUUAAACGACACUGGGCCAAAACAGAAGAACGAAUUCAGUCUAUUCUUGGUGAAUCGAAUGAAGACACCCUUACAAAGGUUACCUCGUUUGUACAAGACGUGGCACCGACAGAGGGCAGCGGAAUAGUGCCAACUGGCUUCAUUGUGACCGGACCCAACAUUGCUUCCCAAGGUCUUCUCUUCGAACAGCUAUCAGAGCGACUUAAAACAGAGGUCAAUGGACCCGUUGUAACUCUGCGUUCGGGAGACGCUGCGAAUCUGAAGGCUGCACUAAAGCAGCUAAUUCGAGAUGCCACAAAUCAGAGAGCGGUGAAUGAAGAUGAAGGAGAAGGGUUCUUUGAAAGAGAUGGACGGAAACUUCUCAAUUAUGAUUUGGAAAUCCUUCAUGGUUUUGUCAAACUCCAUGGUAGCAAGAGAGCAAUCGUGGCAUUCCAGGACAGUGAAGCAUUUGAUCCGGGCUUGCUAGGUGAUUUGAUAGCUCUGUUUAGCUCCUGGAUGAAUCGAAUCCCUUUCGUGCUGUUAUUCGGAAUUGCUACAUCCAUCGAUCUCUUCCGCGAGAGGCUUCCAAGAGCAGCAACUAAAUGUCUAUUUGGCGCUCAGUUUGACGUCGAACAGACGAGUUCUGUCUUUGAGAGUGUCUUCCUGAAGGUGAUUGCUGGCUCCGAAGCACCUCUUCGAUUAGGGCCCGCACUCGUCUCAAGUCUCAUAGAGAGACAACACAAUCACGUUCAAAGUAUACAGGCUUUUAUUUCUGCGCUGAAGUAUGCAUAUAUGUGUCACUUCUAUGCAAAUCCUCUUAGUGUGCUUAGUGACAACGAACGAGAUUCGAAGUCACUUCUUAAACUUCUUCAAUCUGAACAUCUAGAGGCAAUUCGAAUGCUACCAUCGUUCAUAAAGUUGGUUGAGAACUCGGUAGAAAAGCAUGAGGUAACUCUUGCUCGUGGGUUACUCGAGGAUGAUAAAGUACUCCUGAGAGAGGUUGAGAAAGCCCUCGACUCUGCUACUCAAAGAGUAAUCACCAUUUUGAGAACCAUGCAUGUUCUGUCGAGUGCGGCGACUGGGCCAGUUGAGAAGAUAGAUCUCUACGUCAGGGCAUUUAAGGGUAGCCUGAGUGACUCGGACACUGUCCGGGCCGUCCUUGAUUCAAUCAAACGAAUGGCACCUGAUGCACUGAUCGCGUUCAUCGGACGGAUAACAAAGGCAGUAGAAAAUGGAAGCCCCGAACUAGAUCUUGAAGGCUGGCUUGGCGAGGAAACAGAGUUCCUGAAAGAAAUAACUGACAUUCAAGGGGAAGUCACCUCCUUAGUAGAGGAAGCUGUGGAGACAGGCAAACCUGUCCGGAGCCAAUACGCGAUACAUAGCCAAGGGCUCCGAACCACCGUGAUUGCUCAAAAAGUCCAACUAAGCUACGAGAAAUCUACACUUUCGAAGCAAGAUAUAAAGUAUACGGCUCUCAUCGACCGGAUGUCAAACCUCCUAAAGGAGUACUUUACAUUCGAACACCCACAGGAUUUAUUCCUCAAUGAGGUCUGGCUCUACGAUUCUUUAUCACCAUACAAAGAAGUCUUCACCCCCGGGUCAAGGCUCGCAAUUGAGCAGUCCCUAUCUGCCCCCUACCAUUACCUACCCGGCUGCAAAGAUACCGGUGAUGCCUUCUCAUCGUCGAAACCUGCCACAGCUAUCCUGUAUCAGAUGUAUCUUGAGAGUGGCUCUCUCAUUAAUGUCUCUGAUAUCUGGACCGCCUUUUUCAGCAUUGUUGGUGGCGAGGAGAGCGAAGGUUAUGAUGAAAGAACGGCAUUGAUGCUGUUCUAUAGAGGCCUUGCAGAUCUGAAGCUGCUAGGCAUGGUUAAGCCAAGCAGGAAGAAGGUGGACCAUCUUGCGAAAUCAGUAUGGAAAGGCCUUUGA